CAAAACAAUUAUUAUUCGACACCGCGAACCUGUUCAUACACAGAAGAAAGAGAAAUACCUGAGUGACCUGCAUACCUGAGUAGCUUUUUACGGGGAAUUUGUCGGAGUAUUGGCUUUCUGUACUGCAGGUUUCAACUUGACCACAGGCUGAAAUGAUCAAAUUCUGAAAACAAGCAGAGCUAUAUUUUCCCACCAUUUCACACUGAAUCCAAAACGCAGCAUACUUUUUCCUGAUUUAACAAAAGACAAAUCGAAAUGUACGCCGGAGUCCCACAGAAUGAACAAGAUUUUGAAGAGAACCACCAGUGGACAAUGAGUGGCCCACCUGGCAGCAUUCAAGAUCAUGAUAACUUCAAUGUGCAACAGAAGAAGUUGGAAAAAGAGAGAAGGCGGAUUGAAGAACAAUCUAGGAAAAAGAGACAGCAGUUAGGAAUAUUACAACACAACCCCGACAGUCGCCCGACCUCAGGCCGCAAACAUCGCAGCGAAACACAACCCCUCGUGGGAUCCAAACCGUCCACCCCCACAAAUCUCCAUGCCAAAAACAAGUCAAAAAAGAAAUUAUUGGAAAAGCAUGAGCAUGAAUACAUCGGUCCUGCAGGUUUCGAGGACGAGGAGGAAAUUCGAGGUCACUCGCCAAAUCUCCGUCGGAACGAUGGCUCGUAUCCCGUCCUCAAUGUUACGGAGGAUAGUUAUAGUGAUGACCCAGAUAGUGAUAUCCAAGACAUUCCGAUCAUAAAUCAAGGUGAGGAAUCAAACAAAAAGAAGAAAGACAAAAACAAGAAAGGCAAAUCGGGGGGUGGAGGGCAGUGGACAGCCCUCACUCCAAAUACCUCCUCAACCUCCCUCUCAAAGAACUCCCGCUCCCGUUCCCGAACCCCCGAGAUCAUGAUUACGGGGGCGGAUGAUCGUCAGCCAGAGAAUGAUUCUGACGUGGAUGAUAUCCCUAUGUUGGAUGCAGAAAACUCGAACAAACCUAGCAAAGGCCAGAAGCCGAAAAACAAAAAAGCUGCCCCUAAUAGGCCUCCGGCACCCCCCAGUACGGGCGGUGAUCGUUCUGGAGGGCGGUCCCCGAUACCCCCAGCAGCUCAGCAGAAACAGAGACAGAAACCCAGCAGCCAACCUGUACAGGGAUUCCAACAACCAGACGUGGAGGAAGACGAAGACGACGGGGUGGAUGAGACUAGUGCCCCCGUAGUACCCACCAAGUCCCCCAGCAGUAAAAAUCUCAAAAAAAUGGCUGCCUACAACAAUGAUAAUGAUGAGCAAGAGGAGGCAGUAGAAGGUGCCGAGGGUCGAGACUACUCACCCGAGCUCACUGAAAACCUGGACGAUUUUGUGCUCAGGCCAGCCCCUCAAGGUCAUGUAAUGAAAUGUCGGAUCACACGAGACAAAAAAGGUGUGGAUCGAGGAAUUUAUCCAACGUACUUUCUCCAUUUAGAGAAAGAUGAUGGCAAAAAGGUAUUUUUACUGGCUGGUAGAAAGAGGAAGAAGAGUAAAACAUCAAACUACCUGAUAUCCACGGAUCCUACAGAUCUGUCCAGGGGAGGCGAGGCCUAUGUAGGCAAACUCAGGGCCAACUUAUUAGGGACCCAGUUCACUUUGUUUGACAAUGGUGACAACCCAAAAAGCAAUUAUGAAAAUGCUAGAAAAGAAUUAGUUGGAAUUAUUUAUGAAACAAAUGUCUUAGGUUUUAAAGGACCAAGAAAAAUGACCAUUAUUAUUCCUGGGAUGAAUUUGGAUCAUGAACGAGUAGACAUCAAGCCAAGAUCUGACAAUGAUGGCUUGAUUGACAGAUACAAGAGGAAAAAUAUGGAGAAUAUAUUGGAACUCCACAACAAGACCCCCGUCUGGAAUGAUGAGACUCAAUCAUAUGUGCUAAAUUUCCAUGGACGAGUCACUCAGGCUUCUGUAAAGAAUUUCCAAAUUGUGCAUGACAAUGAUGUUGAAUAUAUUGUGAUGCAGUUUGGCAGAGUGGCGGAAGACGUGUUUACCAUGGAUUUUAAUUACCCUCUUUGUGCUGUUCAAGCUUUUGGAAUAGCACUGAGUAGUUUUGACAGUAAACUAGCCUGUGAAUAACCCCUACCCCCAUAUCUCUACCCCACCCACCAUCAUCUGAAUCACAGCUCAAUCCAAUCUCAUAAAUUUUUUUAUCUGUGCAGAUAAAUGUAGUGUUUCUUUGCUUCUUGUGUGAAAGUGAUUAUUUAUGACUUGGUUAUGAAAUUGCACUUAAAAAAAACAAUGGGUCCACAUAUUAUAUUUAUCAUUAGUUGUAAAAUGAGUUCAUUUAUUUAAAGAUUAAAAUUUUACAUGGCAGGAAUACAUUAGAAAGUUUUAUUAUUAUUCUGGCUCGGAAAUCUGCAUGCACAUUUUACUGUGUUCAAUCUCAGCUUCAUUUUGUGUUCAUUUUUUUUUAAUUUUUUAGAAAAAUAAGUAGUGGACAUUUUUUUUACUAGUUCCAGAGUAUACAACUUGCUAGAGUAUUGUUAAAUUGGAAGGAAAAAAGUCAUUGAAAAAUCAUACAAUUUUUUUUUUUAAUUCUUAAUUUUAUUUGAAAAACAGUUGUUUUAGGUCAUUCUUUGUGGUUUGAAUUUUCAUUCAAAAUAUUACAAUAUUGUAGAUCAAUUUAUUUAUAUCAGACUCAUUUUCCCCUUGUGCUAUUCCGAACAAUUGAAGUGGACUACAUAAAACCAAGAACAGAUCAUUCCUUCUGUGUAACAUGAUUGAAAUAUUUUCUUCAUAAGUAGAUGACCAGGGAAUUCCAGGUUUUGUUAGAAUUUGAGCUUGUAGUGUUUUCUCUAAGAGAAUUGACAUUAUAUUGGAAAAUAUUUUCAAUAUUUUUAAUGUGAUGAUUUGUUUGUUAGAUUAUUUUAACAAGUGUGAAUGAAACACGUUUUCAUUGUAUGAGUGAAAAAUAUCAUAUGACCAUCCUUCAAUAUGAUAAUCAAGGUCACAAUCGAAUUGAUUGAAAUAUGAAUAUUCAUGCUGUGUUUUUGCUUAAAUGUAGGUGUUGUGAUUUGAUUUUGUAUAUCACAUGUUUCUAAGUACUAUUGUGACAUUUUUUUCCGUCCAUAUGCAUAUCACAUGGGCAUUUUAGUAAACCCCCCUCCCCUUUUUACGGUUGUCCCAUGACAUGAAAUAAACGUGAGGCAACAUAAACUUUUUCCCCGUUAGUCUUGAAAAUCCCAGUUUGUUGUAUUUUAUAUUGUGGUUGUGAUAAAUAGAAAAAAAAACAACACCCAACAUAUAUAACAUUAUAUUUUAGUGAUUUUUUUAUAACAAAAAAUAUUUGUAUACGACUUGUUGUUAUGGUGUUGGCUUUGCCAAUUGUGCAAUCUUUCUCCUCUCUCUCUCUCUCUCUGCCCCAUACACUCACAUCAAUAAAAUUGCACUAGCAAGAAAAAAACAUUUGCCAUAUCUGUUAAUAUUAUGGCUGAAUUAAACUCGAGUUAUGAGGCUUAGGCACCCUUGUAAAGUUAAAUGCUGAUGUAACAGUAGUUUAUUAUUGGGAGGGGAAAUUUUAUCAGUAGAGUGUCAGUAGAGACAGAACAGAGUGAUAUCCCUUUACCGUUGUGUUUCAGGUUAUAUCACUGUUAUUCUUGCACAAACUUGAACUUCCUAAUUAACCAUUCUGGCCAAAGUUUUCUGAUUAAAACAUGUUAGAUAAAAUCUGUAUAUUUUCAUCAGAAAAAGAUUAUUGAAGAGAAUUUACAUUGAUAAAAUUUCCCAGAUUAUUUUUACCUGUGUAUUGCUUUCUUACCUAGUUGUGAUAUGUACAGUAUUAGUGUGAAAUAAUUUAUUUGUUAAUAUUUGGGGAUAAAGUGCUAUAAUAUUUUUGAAAUACGUAUUGAGUUAACAGCUAGUAAAUAUGUUGAUUUGAAGCAUUUUUAAAAAUGUUAACUAAUCUUUAAAAAUUUAAUUUAGCUUUAAAUGGCAUAUUAAGCUAAAAAAUACAAUCUUUAAAGUCUGCUCUCAAUCAUUUUAAUUUUUAUUAAAUUGAAUGAAAAUUUGUGGUUGUUGUAAAAGCAAAUAUAAUAUAUACACGCAUUCUUUGUAAAAUGUGUAUUAAUAUUUGAAUAGGAAUUAAGAUUUGGUAAAUAAAACAUUGAGUGGAAUUCUGAGGCAUUGCAAAGAGUUAUUCCCCUUUCCCAGUGAUUUGUUAUUUUCUUAUUUUUGUUAGCUUUUGCUUUAUUGCCUGCCAAAUUAAAAAGAAAAACGGGAUUCAACCUUUACAGAGUAUUAUCUGUAUUGUAUUUAAAAUGAUAAAUUUUGUACCAAUUUGAUAAUUCAGAACUUUCAACUUUAAAGUUUUGUAUAAUUUGCCAGGAAUUAAGUUAUGCUGAGUCAUUGUACAUUGUUAGGCUUGAGUUUGUUAUCUUAUUUAGUUUUGAAGUACAUGUAUAUAAGCAAAAUAUCCAAAUAAUCCAUAAGAAAUGGGAGGAUUUUUUUUUUUGUAACUUCAAAUUUACAAAUUUUUUAAUCCAAAAAUAUUAAGCCGUAAACAUGAAACAAUUGCUUUAACAGUGUUUCAGUGAAACUCUUCUUUGGGCAAAAUUUAAGUAUCAUGUAUAUUUGUGAUCUUUUUUAUCCCAUUGAUUAUAUCCUGAAGCAAAUCAGAAACAGGGAAAAGAGUUUUAAUUUAUAUGUUUAUUAUUAUUUUAUUAUUUAAUGAGUUUAGUUUUCAGUCAAAUGAAGUUCAAUUUUGCAUUUCUCUGUAGAGAAUUAAAUUUCCUAGGUUGUAUCCCCCCACCCUUACACCAGAAGUUGUCUGGUGUAUAGUGUCGAUCAAGAAAAUGUCCGUCCACGUAGCUAUUGAUUGUACGAUUAUUAUUUGUUUCUAUUAGUUGACCAUUUAUUUAUCAUUGUCAUUAUAUAUUUCACAGUUUGUCGAAAUUAAAAUGUGCCACAUCUA